AUGGCUUCACCAUCAUCGGUUCGCGUGGACGAUAAGAACGCAAAGAUAUUUACUUAUGACUUCUCGUAUGACUCAACCGACAGAGGUUCCUCAAUUGCAUCCCAGGAGAAGAUUUUCGAUGAUCUGGGGAUUGAUGUCUUAAAAGCUGCAUUUGAAGGUUUCAAUGCCUGUGUGUUUGCCUAUGGCCAAACUGGAUCAGGCAAAUCUUACACCAUGAUGGGUCAUGCAGAAGAAAAAGGUUUAAUCCCACGGAUCUGUGAAGGAUUGUGUUCCAAAAUAUCCGAAAGAAGCACGAGCAGUACUGUGUCAUUUCGUACAGAGGUCAGCUUUAUGGAAAUCUACAAUGAACGUGUUCAUGACCUUCUUAAAAAGAGGACCGUGACCAUGGAGACUGGAGGCUUAAGAGUGAGAGAACACCCAAGGGAUGGACCAUAUGUUGAGAAUCUGUCCAAGCAUUUGGUACACAGCUACAGCAACAUGGAACAGUUGAUAGCUGCUGGGAACACCAACCGUAUCACUGCUAGCACAGGGAUGAAUGACUCCAGUAGCCGCUCGCAUGUCAUCUUCACCAUCAGCUUCACUCGGGCGUGGUUUGAUUCAGAGUUACCUCACGAGAUUCUGAGUAAGAUCCACCUGGUUGACCUGGCUGGCAGUGAGAGGACAGACACCACUCGGAUUUCAGGCGUCAGACUGAAGGAGGGCGCCAACAUCAACAAAUCCCUCGUCACCCUGGGCACCGUGAUCUCAGCUCUGGCCGAGCUCAGUGCAGGACAACCCACAACCAAAAAGAUGACCUUCAUCCCUUACAGAGACUCUGUUCUUACAUGGCUCCUUAAAGACAGUCUUGGUGGAAACUCAAAAACUACUAUGAUUGCAACCAUUUCUCCAGCUAAUGUGAACUAUGUGGAGACCCUUAGUACAUUGCGUUAUGCCAAUCGCGCUCGAAACAUCAUGAACACCCCAACAGUAAAUGAAGACAGCAGUGUGAAGUUGAUAAGGGAUAUACAGUCAGAGAUUACCAGGCUCAAAAGGCGACUAGAAACCAAACAGCUUUCUCAUAGAGAGCCGUCUUCCUCACUGAAAGUAGAAGUGGAGCUGCAUCAAAAUGAAGAAAAGGUUUGUACUCUAACCAAAGAGUGGACCUGCAAAUGGGAGGAGACUCGAGGUAUUCUGCAGGAGGAGGGGGUGGCUUUGAAGAAGCAAGGGAGUGCAGUGGUUUUGGACUGCCAGUUUCCCCAUCUGAUAGGCAUUGAUGAAGACUUGCUCCGCACUGGCAUCGUUCUAUAUUAUUUGAAAGUGAAUGCAGUGCCUGGAAAAGUUCCUGUCCGUCACAUUAGUUCCGAGUUGGAUGGAAGCACACAACAGAAUGGGGUAAACACCAGGAGUGACCUGGAGCAGGAGAUAGUUCUGUGUCAUAAAUCACGGCCAGAGCUGUCGUCGGAGCACCCUUGGAGGGAAGCUGAGAAUGCAGCUGAAGUAUCAAGUUAUACAAGAGACAAGGUGUGGUCUGGGGAUGCCAGCCUCCAGCAGACAAGUGUCCUGGGCCCAGGUGAUGAAUGUGUCAUGAAGCCAGAGGGGAAUGCUAACGAGAUCCAAGAUUUUCCUGCCGCCCUUGUGAGCCUACAAAAUCUCUCAUUGCAGCGCCUAAGAACAUCGAUACAGUCAGUCUUAUCCAGCACAGUGCUGGUUUCUCAAAAGAUUGUAGCGCUCUUUUGGCUAAAUGUAGCUACAUUUAGCCAACCUGAACCAUGUCCUGCUCUACUGGUCCUCUUGGAAGCAGGUCUUUAUACAUUGACUGUAGAAUCUGGGCAGCUUGUAUUAUACCACCAGCUCCCCUUCUUGCAUUUGAAGGAGUUCCAGAUAAGCUUUUCAGGCCAUGGCUUGCGUUUGAUGGGAACUACACAGGAAAGCAUCUUGGGUCUGUACACUCACAGCGAGAAGCUUACCCAAGAGGUCUGUUGUGCAAUACUAGGAAUCAUGUUGCCUGGUGACAGCAGAGUCUCUCAGCACCCACUAUUUAAUGGUGACUGGAGGAGAGUCGGGAACAAAUUGUCAUUGGACUCACAGACUUGUGUACCUGACCUUCAGUUGGAUACUGGUCUGAGGGUGUGCUGCCAGUUUCAGAAGAGUCUUGCAGAUCUGGUUUAUCUUCUUUAUUGCAACAUGGAAGAAGGAACAUCAGUUACACUUGGAGAGCUGCAGCUCUUAAUGUACACAAGUGUAAAGGUCUGCCUAAGCUCCAGUAGCUGCACUGAAACGGUGACCCAGCUGUUACUUACUGAUACACACAUUGGUCUGGUGCAGGAAGAUGUUGUCUUUUAUCCGACCCCACGCUCAGGUACCAUACAGCCCUGCCAUUACCAAUUCCGCAACUUGACUCUUCGUCAGCGUGCUGACGUACGCUGCAUGGUGGUACAUGAUGAAGACAAGUGCAGAAGUGUCACAAUGGAUCUAAUCUUUGCCAGUAUGAAGGCCAGAAGUCACCCUGAAAGUGUGAAAGUAGCCACACCGCCUGCACUUGCUUCUAAUUCAUCUCCACGUGCAGAGGUGUGGAAAUUAACUUUCAGUUGCUCCACUGAGGCGGCAUGCCUGAUUAGUUAUUUGUCAGAUGUCUGA